AUGGUCGAUCUCCAUUCUCUCCCACCCGGAUCUCGACCAGACAAAGCGAUCCGCAACAACGGACCCGACAGCCUCGCUCUGGAAAGAUAUAAACUGCGCGAACUGGCUGAAGGAUGGCCUCUUUAUCGCGAUGCAUGCGAAUGGGAAAACCUAAAAUCCAUCUUCCAUCCCGACGCAUACAUCUACACAACAUGGACGGGCCGGACGCACCACCUCGAUUUCAUCAGUAAGUCCCAGGCCGGGAUGGACAAGGGCGCCUUCAUCAUGCAUCGGUGUCAUGGGGUUACCACCGAUAUCAACGUGGAGGCUACGCGGGCCGUCACCAAAAUGAAAGCCACCAUCACGCAACGGUUUGUUAUUGACGGGUGUGAGGUGGAUGCCGAAAGUGACUGUCGCUUUUGUUUUUUCUGGACGAAAAUGUUAGACACUGGAGAGGGGGAGUGGCGUGCAAGGUUUGUGAGGCAUUGGUAUGAAAAGGACAAACUUAUCCCCGUCAAUCCGGCCAAAGUCCCCAAACUGGAUGAAAUACGCCUCAACGAGUAUCCAUCCGGAUAUCGAUAUCUGGCUUAUUGUCAGGAGGAGUCUAUGGGUGUCAAGGUCUUGCGUGACUUGCCGGGCCAUCGGAGAGAAAAGGAUGUCGAGGGCGGUAGUAGGGCUUGUGGAGAGAAGCAUGAUUUGCUGUAUUGGCAGUGUAAGGCUUGGGUUGAGGGGGGUGAUGUUGAUAUCUAG